AUGGAGAGCCCUGCGCCCCCCGAGGCCCCGCGCGCGCCCCCCGACGCCCCCGCCGCGCCCCGCGCCCGCCCGCGCCUCGUCUUCCGCACGCAGCUGGCGCACGGCAGCCCCACGGGCAAGAUCGAAGGCUUCACCAACGUCCGCGAGCUCUACGCCAAGAUCGCCGAGGCCUUCGGCAUCGCGCCCACCGAGAUCCUCUUCUGCACGCUCAACAGCCACAAGGUGGACAUGCAGAAGCUCCUGGGCGGCCAGAUCGGCCUGGAGGACUUCAUCUUCGCCCACGUGCGCGGCGAGACCAAGGAGGUGGAGGUCACCAAGACGGAGGACGCGCUCGGGCUGACCAUCACGGACAACGGGGCGGGCUACGCCUUCAUCAAGAGAAUCAAGGAAGGCAGCAUCAUCAACCGCAUCGAGGCGGUGUGCGUGGGCGACAGCAUCGAAGCCAUUAACGACCACUCCAUCGUGGGCUGCCGGCACUACGAGGUGGCUCGGAUGCUCCGGGAGUUACCCAAGAGUCAGCCCUUCACCCUGCGCCUCGUGCAGCCCAAGCGGGCCUUUGAUAUGAUCGCUCAGCGGCACCGCAGCAGCAAGGGGCCCACGGAGGCCAAGGUGGCCAGUGGCAGGGAGACGCUGCGGCUUCGCGCCGGCGGCACGGCCACCGUGGAGGAGGUGCCCAGCGCGUUCGAGGAGGAGGCCUCGCAGAAAGUGGAUGAGCUGCUGGAGAGCUACAUGGGCAUCCGGGACCCCGAGCUGGCGGCCACCAUGGUGGAGAGCGCCAAGAAGACGGCCAGCGUGCGGGAGUUUGCGCGCUGCUUGGAUUCCGUCUUGGGCGAGUUUGCCUUCCCGGACGAGUUUGUGGUGGAGGUGUGGGCCGCCAUCGGCGACGCCAGGGAGGCCUGCGGGUAGAGCGGGCCAGCAGGGGGCGCACGGCCGGGCAGGAGAACCGGGGGCCGGAGG